AAAGUUGGUAGUGGGCCUCUGACCGUCAGUUGCCCAGACGCACCUUUCUUUUCUUUUGACUGUCAGCCAUCCCCUUCUGCAAAUUGCAAAAUGCGUAUCGGGCUCCAUUGUCGGCUACCCAAUUCCAGUGGUAUUAAAAAACAAACCAUUUAGUUUACAUCAAUUGAAGAAACAGCAAACAAGAAGAAUUGGGGCUCCUAACUUGAGGGUUCAUAACUUCAAUCUACCAAAAAAAAAAAAAAAAACUUGAGGGUUCUUUGGGCCAAUCAUCUUCUCCUCUCCUAACCCAGCAAAGCAAGGGGGCCAAAUGUUUUCCAAUUCUAUUAUUCUAAGGCUAGCCUGAAGCCUCGUUUAUAAAUAAUGAGAAAGCAAAUCUGUUUCCCCAGUCUCCUUCCCACUCUCAAGAAAACCAAACCCAUCACCAAAAAGUUGGAGAAAUCAGAAAUGGAAUUCCAGGCGUUCCAACCUUCUCCAUGGCCUUUCUUCUUCACCUCUCCCUUUCUCUUCCCAUCUUACAUCAUCCCUGAAAACUAUGUCCACUGGACUGAAACUCCGGAGUUUCAUAUUUAUACAGCCGACUUGCCAGGUGUCAGAAAGGAGGAAAUUAGAGUGGAAGUCGAGGAUUCGCGGUACCUCAUAAUCCGAACACAGGGGAUCGUUGAGGUAACAGAACCCAGCAGGAGUUUCACGAGGAAAUUCCGGCUCCCAGCUCUGGUCGAUGUGGAUAGGAUUUCUGCUGGAUAUGAAGAUGGGGUCCUGAGGGUUACGGUUCCACGAAGAGGCCGCUUCAGGAUCGAUCCUGCUCACUUGCCGGAGCGGCGCGAAAUUCUUGCACCGGCGGCUUGACUCCUCUUUAUGAUUUUAGCUUCCGGCGUUCAACUAAGUUAUUAUUUCUUCAUCAAUAGUUCCACUGUUUUUUUUUUUUUUUAAUCCAAGGAAGAUUUGGAAUACUGAUUAGACGUAGUGGGUGCUAAAAUUAAAGCCUAUUUGUUAGGAAAUUUGUACGUAUAAGAAUGAAUGAACGAAUUCAAUGAAGCAUUGUAAUUGUUAGCUUUCAAUUUGAAGCCAUAUUUGUCA